GGUGAAAAAAAAAAGCCUUCGCAUCUAGCGCCGCCUCUCUCCACCUCCCUCGUUUCGAUCUAGCUCGCCGGCGGCGAUGUCGCAGCCGGCGGCGGUGGCCGCUGGGGCGGCGGCGGGGCAGCAGCCGCAGGGCCGGGCGCAGGCGGCGAGGCAGGCGGGCGGCGGACUGGGGCAGACCAUCGCCGGGAUCGUGCGGAUGGCCGUGUUCUGGUACUUCGCCGCCAAGUUCUUCGGCCCGAAGCGGCCCCCGGCGGAGCCGGGCAUGCUCAUGUCCAACCUCUUCCAGAAGGGAGAGCCGCUGGAUAUGUGGAUGUAUUUAUCAGAAAAUGAGAAAUUCAAUGACUUCAGUAAUGAGGAUGCACUCGUCUGGCAUGAGGCAAACAUACCAUAUGCAGUCUGGGGACCUACCAGUACGAGAACGCACACAUUGACAUACUAUCCUUCUGAGGCUAUCAAGAACAAUGGUUCUUUGUAUGCUCAUGUUUAUUUUGCCCGCUCGGGUUACCCUGUGGAUCCUACUGAUCCUGAAUAUGAGCAAAGUUCUGCAUUUGGCAGGACACACCCUGUUGUGGCUUACUUGCGAAAACCAAAAGAUGGUAAAAAGAAGAGCUUGCUGGGAGAUUCAAGUGAAUCUAAUGAACAACCACCACCUAAGGAGAAUAAAGAUUCUGUAGACAAAGAUGAGGGCCCAGUUGAAUAUAUUUCUUAUUGGAAACCAAAUGUAACAAUAAAUCUUGUUGACGACUUCACACGGUAUCCACACAAUAAUGUUCCACCCAAUGUUGCUCCAUAUUUGAAUGUUGAUCCAUCUUCAAACAACUACUACCCAACUGUAUUCUUCAAUGAGUUUUGGCUACUGAGAGAUAAAUUGAUAGCACUCAAUGAGACUGUGGAGGAACUGCCUUUGAACCUUGAAGUUGGUCCUAUUAGCAUGACCAAGUGGCAAAUAUUUCUUCAGAUGGAGCAGUCCUUCCAAGUUCAUCGCAGUUAUGGAAGUAUGCUUGAAGGGGAGGCUGAUGAGCUCAAGAGAGUUUUCCUUGAAGGAAAUCCAUACUUUUUGGGAUUGACCAUGAUUGUUUCUCUGUUCCACUCUCUGUUUGAUUUUCUGGCUUUCAAAAAUGAUAUUCAGUUCUGGAAUAAGAACAAGUCCAUGGAAGGUCUAUCAGCAAAAUCCGUGGUUCUGAACUUUGUAUGCCAGCUGAUUAUUUUCCUCUACCUGCUCGACAAUGAGACUUCAUGGAUGAUCCUUGGUAGCUCUGGAAUUGGUGUUUGCAUUGAAUUUUGGAAGAUUGGAAAAGCAAUGCAUGUUGAGAUCGAUAGAAGUGGAAAGAUUCCCAUGUUGAGGUUCCGGGACCGUGAAUCAUAUGCACAGAAUAAGACAAAGGAGUAUGACGCAAUUGCAAUGAAGUAUCUUACAUAUGUACUUCUCUUCCUUGUGUUCUGUUUCUCCAUCUAUUCCCUUAAGUAUGAGAAACACAAGAGCUGGUACUCAUGGAUACUCUCUUCUCUCACAAGUUGUGUGUACAUGUUUGGUUUCAUCAUGAUGUGCCCACAACUAUUCAUCAACUACAAGCUGAAGUCUGUUGCUCAUAUGCCAUGGAGGCAAAUGACCUACAAGUUCCUCAACACCAUAAUUGAUGACCUUUUCGCAUUUGUGAUCAAAAUGCCGAUGCUGCAUCGUCUCUCAGUUUUCAGAGAUGAUGUUAUCUUCUUGAUAUACCUCUACCAGAGAUGGGUGUACCCAGUUGACAAGAAGCGUGUCAACGAGUACGGCUUCGGUGGGGAAGACGAGCCACAAGCUCCCCAGACAUUGGAAGGGAGCGAUCUAGCAGCUGCAUCCCAGCAAGCCGGGGCUGAGGCGGAGGCCGAGACGAGCACGGAGGACAAGAAGACGAAGUGAGCCCCUCCUGCUCUGCACCUCCAGAUCAUCCAACCACAGAACACAUCUCGGCUGCCACCGGGCGUAAAUUUUCUGUGCCGAGCUUGGAACGCUGGACUCGCCUCACCCGUCGCUGAAUGCUGCUGACCAUAAGAGAUUGUAGUAACAGGCUUUGAGUGGGCGCAUCGACGAACACACAUACACUUGCCCAAUCUAUGGACGGGCAACAUCGUCAAACAUUAUCGCCACUAUUUCCCAGUUUGUCUUAAUCUUUUUUUAGGUAACAACAACCACCACCAUUACCAGAUGUCGAUAACGAUGCACUAGACGCGUAUUUUAUUGGUUUAUGUAUAAGUUUUGCAUUGGCUGAAAAAAAAGUGUUCGUUUAUUGAUCCGUCAUCUGACAUUUUGUUAAAUGUACUAAUGUAGUCAUUUUUUGAA